AUUUUGCAGAAACACGGAGAAGAUUAUUGGAGCCAGGCAGGCAAACAAGCAGCAGAAUGAGAGAGGCAUGUCUGCGCUCUCAAUUCAAAUCAAAUCAUCGGGUGACAAAAUAAAAAGCUACCAAAGUUUCUAUAAUUCCUAAAAUUUCGUUAAAAAUGUGCUUGGUAAGUUGUGGGAGGUGCCUGUCGAGUGAAAUUAUCAAAGGAUACAAACUAAAUACUUUAAAGAACUUAUCAGGUGACCAGUAGUGAUUGGAAAUAGUGAAAGAAUUUCGUACCCAUUUUGCACAAAGUUUAAUUAUUCAAAUAAUUUGAAUCAAAUUAAGAAUUCUUCAACUACUCUCGGAUAGUGAAUCUCGUCAGAUUUCAUGUCAUCAUGUUGCAUAAUAUCUGGCUUUGACAUUCUUUAAAUUCGCCAUCCAGCAUGACUUGCCAACUUAUUAAGUAACCUUCUAUGGACAGAGAAUUGCAAUAGUGGGACACAUUAUGUACACCUUUAGGACAAAGUUGAGACAAUCCUGCUCAUAUUCCCGACUUUCUCUUCACUACCUCCACCAUGAAAAUCUUGCUCUAAAUCUAUGUACUAAAUAUAUGUACAUCUUCACGUACUAAUAUUCUUCUAUCGAUCAAACAAAUUAGUUCAACCUUCGUUCUAUGUUUGCCAAACAACUUAUUUUUUAGUUUGUCUAUUUUAUUUAGUAAUUUAGCAUCUCUCACUUUUUCAAAGUGCCGACUAAAUAAACAAAUCCAUGAAAGCGUCGCUUCUCGGGGUGAAGGAAUUCAUUACGAAACGGAAUAAUUUUAGGUUAAUGGAUUCAAAUAGUUAGUCGAAUCAUGUUCAGCUCGAGCGGACUGCUCCCCACGGUGGGGACGAAGGGCCAUCGGGUCCAUGCAAGAAGAUCUCAUAAGCACAGUAGGAGAAAGGGCACGGUACAAAAGUUGACGGAAUGCAUCGGCAAAGCGAUGAAUCUAGGGUUUCGGUAUGACCCCGGUGUUGACAGUGGUGGCGACCCUGACCUGUACGGGUACGCGUGUUCAUCCCGGUGUAAGCAUCCCAUCCAUUUGGAUAAGGGUGGUCGUUCCGGAAGUAGGGGGAAAUCAGAAGACCUCAUCCCCGAACAUUUGUAUAGGAAAUAUACGGAAACCGAUUCACGACCCUUGACCCCUGAUUUGGUUCGGAGGUCGGUUUCUCUCCCGCGAGGGAAGAGCUUAUCCGAAGAGCGGAGUCGUCGCUGUCUCACACCUGAACCGGAAACACGCCAAUGUGAAUUCCACCACCGCCGAGUUCUUAUCCUUGACCUGCGUCGGGUCAAAAGUGUCGAUAUGAUUGGACGACAAGGGUCUCGCACGCCAGGAACGUCGAUCGACUCGACGGGUGACGACACCACAACGGACGCCGCCCUGUUUCAGUUCUCCCCUCGAAAUUUGUCCGUGUCGAGGUCGAUUACGCCAAAGACGCCAAAGUUGCGUGGGAAAGGUGGGAAGAAGAAGAGGGCGAAGGAGAGGUCAAGCUCUCCCAUUACAUAUGAGAGAUCGACCAGUCCCAAGAUUUUGGAAGGGUUGACUCUGCCUCCACUCCAUUCUUCCGUCCUCACUCUGUUGGGGGGUCUGAGAUCAAAACCAUCACAGAGGGGAGACUUCAUGACGAACCACCUUCAAGGUCACCAAGGUCAAGGAACCAUCUCUGCCAAUCCAGAUCAAACUGGAACAACGAAACAUAAGAAAUUGCGACGCCAUGGUCGCACCCGGAAUAAAAACGGGCCGGCUACCUCCGACCAAAAUGAGACGGCAAGUAAAAAUCGUGCCGGCUCUGAAGAGGUCAAAAAGGUGGAAGAUCCUAAUGAAACACAAGUUUCGACCAUCGCUGCUGCCUCUGCGUCCACCGCUCUGCUCGAAGUGGACGCGGAUGACCAAGCAAAAUCACCCACCUCGCCGCUUCCCUUUCCUGGCGAUGAAGGGCUGGAAAAUUUUAUACAAAACAUGAAAAACUUCCGACAAUCACGCCAAGCCUUGUAUUCCGUGUUGGACGAUUAUUUGAGUGGAAAGGUGUGGAGUCCACAGGAGAUGGACGCUUUGGACACUCAGAUAGACGGGAUAUCGCAAGAAUUUCGUAAACUGGAGACCAAAUUCCAAACCCAGAGCAUCAACUUGAAGGAAAGCACUUGGCUUAGCUUUCCUCGCACGUGGUCGCGUAACAGUGCCACGUUUUUUGCGCCGAAUGACACCAAAGCGUUAAGAGAAAUGAAGCCGUUGGACUACUUGAAAAAGUAUGUGACUGUGAGCGGACCUCGCAAACAUUUGUACAGCCUAAUCUUUCAGCGGUAUCGAACCAUGGAGAAUCCGACCAAGGACUGGAUCUGGAUCAAGACGUUGCAAGCCGCCGUGUCCGAAGUGUUGGGGAGACCCUUCUCUGGGGACGAGAUGGUUCAACUGUGUCACUACUAUUUGGGCGAGGAUGACUGGGAAAGGCCCAUUUCAGAGGCAGAAUUCACGGGGACGUGCGCCUUCUGUGAACGUAUCUAUGCCGUUUAUUCACUAGAAGAUAACUCAGAAUGUCACACCUGCUAUAAAACUCCCUCUCGAUUUCGUCACGGCUGCCACUCGGAUCAAAAAGACCACCUCGAGACGGCUGACCUUGCCUAUCUUCACACCAAACUGCGCGACGGCCUCGUUCCACCCGCCCUGACUCACCUCCUUCUCGCCCUCGCCAACCAAAAAUAGCUACCCACGUUUUUUAGCAACUAAAAAUCUACCUUUUUUGUGCCCAUUCAAUUUCUUUGCAUUACUCAUUUUUUUACGUGUGGCGCAAGUGAACCAUAAAUAAUUUAACAAAUCAAGUCCGCCACUUUUUGAAACUUAAUACAUUUUCUUUAUUUCGUUUCGAAAACGGAAGAAAACGCAACAAUACGACUCCCCGAGGAAAAUUUAGACAGUUUUUGGUUUUCUAAUCAUUUCUGGCAUUAUUAUCGUAGUUACUGUAGUGUAGGAUGGUUCUUGUUUUUAUCGGGAUUGAAAUACUGUUACAAAUUAUUAAGGUGUGGAAUGACCUAUAGCUGCAUGUACACCUUUCCUUUGGAGAUUGCUCCUCAUGCUUUUUAAUUCUAAUAUUAUCGCCCACAUAUUUACCAACUGAUCGUGUCAUAAUAAUCUUUCAAGGCAAUUAUUAUUAUUAUUACUUUGUGUAGGAAACAUUGUUGAUGUAUAAUUCAAUUCAUGAUAUUGAUAUCAA